AUGGCGGAGGCAGGCAGCGAGGUUGAGCGUUUGACGGAGAGAUGGGGCGAUCUGGGGUUGGAGGACGAGCACGACGAGUUUGUGCUGGAGGGGGAGAGUGUUGGCGAGCUGCAUGACAACGACGAGGAGACGUGGGCGGUCGUCGGCCGUUUUCUAACGACUAAGUUGGUCAAGUUGGAGUUCAUGAAGCAGGUCAUGGCGUCCGUAUGGCAACCGGUGAGAGGUGUACAGGUAACAGAGAUCCAACCGGGGUUGUUUUUGUUUGUCUUUUAUCAUAGGACAGACAUUGAUUAUGUAUUGGAUGGGGGACCAUGGGGUUUCGAGAAUAAUACCUUGGUCUGCCGGGAGGUGGUGGCGGGAGCCGUGCCUGGGGAGGUGGAAUUGAGGUCGGUUGAUAUGUGGGUUCAAUUACAUGGUUUGCCUAUGGGGUAUACGUCGGACACGGUGCUUGAACACACUGGAAAUUUCAUAGGCACGUUUGUGAAGCAUGAUGAGAGGUUUACGGGAGCCCCAUGGCUAACGUUUUAUCGGGUCCGAGUGUCUAUUGCGGUUGGCAAACCGUUAAGGCGUGGCAUGAAGUUAGUAAAAUGGGAUAAGACGGUGUGCAGGAUAACCUUUCGGUAUGAACGUUUACACAAACACUGUUCGUUUUGUGGCAUGAUGGGUCACGUCCAUAUGUUUUGUCUGAAGGCACGGGAGAGACCGACACCAAUCGAGAUGCAUCCCUUUGCGGGGUUGCGGGCUGGGGGUAAUCGGGGUGCGCCAAGGGCGGUGGGGGAGAACUGGCUAGUGCCGGUUGGGGGAAGGCCGAAGCCGUUGGUGAGGGAGGUGAGGGGUGAUGAGGCGGGUGGUGGUGCAUGGGGGCGGGAAGAGGGAGAAGCGGGAGGGGCAGUUUAG